UCAGUUUUCCCUUCUAGCAGCUCUCUGGUUCUAAAUUUCCAUCUGUAUCCUAGGGUUGUGUGAAACAAUGGCGGGGAAGAAAACUUCAAAGGCGGAGAAGAAGACACAGUACGAUAAGAAACUGUGUAAUUUGCUCGACGAGUACUCUCAGGUGCUGGUGGUUGCCGCCGAUAAUGUUGGGUCCAACCAGAUGCAAAGCAUACGUAAGGGUUUGAGAGGAGACUCCAUUGUUUUGAUGGGAAAAAAUACGAUGAUAAAGAGGUCCAUCAGGCUCCAUGCUGAGAGAACGAAGAACCCGGCUAUCAUGAAUCUCGUUCCCUUGCUCGUUGGCAAUGUUGGGUUGAUCUUCACCAAGGGUGAUCUGAAGGAAGUCCGAGAAGAGAUUGCUAAGUACAAGGUUGGAGCUCCUGCACGUGUUGGCCUUACAGCACCAAUUGAUGUUGUUGUUCCACCUGGAAAUACUGGACUUGACCCUUCUCAAACAUCCUUCUUCCAGGUGCUCAAUAUUCCCACCAAGAUCAACAAGGGUACCGUGGAAAUCAUUACCCCAGUUGACAUCAUUAAGAAGGGUGAUAAAGUUGGCUCAUCCGAAGCUGCACUUCUCUCAAAGCUUGGCAUACGCCCUUUCUCUUAUGGCCUUGUCGUCCUCUCUGUUUAUGACAGUGGAUCAGUCUUCAGCCCUGAAGUUCUUGACCUGACUGAUGAAGAUCUUAUUAGCAAGUUUGCUUCUGGGGUUUCAAUGGUUACUUCUCUGUCACUUGCCAUCUCAUUCCCUACUCUUGCUGCCGCACCUCACAUGUUCGUCAAUGCGUACAAGAAUGUUCUUUCUGUUGCAGUGGCAACAGACUAUUCCUUCCCAUUGGCUGAGAAAGUGAAAGAAUACUUGAAGGAUCCAAGCAAGUUUGCGGUUGCUGCGGCUCCAGUUGCUGCUGACAGUGGAGCAGCUCCUGCUGCGGCUGCUGCCAAGGAGGAGAAGAAGGAAGAGCCAGCUGAGGAAUCUGAUGAUGACAUGGGUUUUAGCCUGUUUGACUAGAUUUUUUUUUUCGUUAGAUUGUCCUGUAGGGUUAACUUUAAUGAAUAUUGGAUAGAAAUUUGGUUGCUUUCUCAAACUGUUAGGUGUAUGUGAUUUUCAUCUUUUCUACCUACCGGAUUGCAUUCAUUCAUUUAUUCAUUGA